AUGGAAAUUAUUCAUCCACUGUUUGUACUGAUAGUUUCGGCGGUGCAUAUAUCAUGGUCAUUCAACGUUGAAAUUACGGAGAAAGGAUAUAUAAGACCUCAAUUUAUACAUCAAAAUCCUUCAAAACUAAAGGACACUGGUCCCAAUGAAUUCAUCCCGAAGAAUUUUGCAAAUACAAUGAAAAUAGUGUCGCAGGAAAAUGAUAAAUUCAGCUUGAUAUUAACUUCACCGCGAUCUACGAAUCCCCAGAAUAUGACGUCAACCAUCCCAGAUUCUCGAGGUAGUAUUCAACACUGUCCACUUGGUGCGGAAGUAUUUUCCAAAAAUAUCACAAAUUGCAGCACACAUCAUCCAAAUUACACUGUGCCCGGCGAUGGGUUUGCAAUUGCUGCCCCUGUACGAGAAGACGGUUCCAUGAGGGCAUGCUCUACGGUUAGGACGCAGAAAUGCAGCACAAUUUGGUACGUCCCGGGAUACUGCUAUGAAUCAUCAGAUUUCGGACAAACGUGGACUGAGGAUAAACGUACACAAAUGUUGAGCUGCCCACCACUGAAUACAGUCGAGGUACUUUUUGUCAUCGAUGGUUCUACUUCAGUUGGAGAAAAGAAUUUUGAAAUCGUAAAGAAUUGGAUCAAGAAAAUAGUUAGAGAGUUGGACAUCGAGGAAGGUCAAAUCAGUGCUGGUGUGGUACAGUACUCACAUUACAACCCAAGGUUAUCGUUAAAUCGUCAACGAUAUAUCAAAACUGAAAUAAAAAUAGGGAAAUAUGAAAAGUAUAAUCUGUUUGCGGCUGGUGUGAACAGGAUUCGACUUCAGUCCUAUACAACUUACACCGGACAAGCAUUGAGAAAAGUUGUUAACGAUUUUAAAAAUACCAAAAAUUAUGGGGAAAAAAACAACAAACAAAUUAUGAUUCUACUGACGGACGGAAGGUAUUAUCAUAUAUUUUCUAGUAUUUAG